GCGGGGCCGGGGAUGCGCGGAGUUAGGAGCGCAGACAAAAGAAGUUAAAGAGCCGCUUAAUAUAUACAUGUUUUUGAAGGCGGGUAGAGGGAAAAAAAUAACAACAGCGAGCGUAGAUGGGCUUGGCUGUGUCGUUAUGGAGCCCCCUUUGAGCAAGAGGAACCCGACACUGAGAUUAGCGGAUUUGGCAGCGGCUCAGCCCCAUCCUCACCAGAACAUGACAGGCUUCCCGGGGCUGGGGAACCACCACGUCCACCCCCACCACGGGGCCCACCUCCACCCGGGGGACGCGGGCGGCGACCCCGGCGGCGCCCUCACGCCGCUCGGACCCGAGCACAUGGCGCAGCCCGCCGCCCUCAAGCUCACGCCCGAGGCGCUCACCGCCGCCGCCGCCGCCUUCGGCGCCCGCCCGCCACCACCGCCGCCGCCGCCGCCACCGCCGCCGCCGCCACCACCGUCGCCGCCUGCGCCGCCCGCCGCCGCCCUCCCGGGCUACCCGUCGGGGGGGGCGGCGGGCCGGGACUUCCUCCUGCGGCGGGAGCUGCCCGCCGCCGCCGCCGUACACGGGGCGCUGGGCGAGCAGCACCCGCCCGCCGGCUCCCCCCACCUCCCGCACCCGCCGCCCCACGGCGUCUUCAUCUCGUCCGCCGGCAACUACGGCACGGCCGACGGGGCGCACGCCGCCUUCCCGCCGCCGCCGCCCGGCGAGCAGGGCGCGCCCGCCGGCCGCCACCCGCCGCUCAACGGGCAGAUGCGCCUGGGGCUGGCGGCCGGCGCCGGGGAGCUCUACGGGCGCGCCGAGGCGCACUACGGGGCCGCCGCCGCCUCCUCCUCGGCGCUGCAAGGCUACGGCUCCGUCAACCUCAACCUGGCGGCGGCGGCGGCCGGCCACGGGCACCCGCACCACCCCCAUCCACACCACCACCAUCACCACCAUCACCACCAUGCCCACGUCGGGGCGGCGGCGGCGGCGGCCGGGGCCUUCCUGCGGUACAUGCGGCAGCCCAUCAAGCAAGAGCUGAUCUGCAAGUGGAUCGACCGGGAGCCGCCUCCUCCGCCUCCGCCUCCGCCACCGGGCGGUAGGAAGCCUUGCUCCAAAACUUUCAGCACGAUGCAGGAGCUGGUGAGCCAUGUCACCGUGGAGCACGUCGGCGGGCCCGAGCAGAGCAGCCACGUGUGCUACUGGGAGGAGUGUCCCCGGGAAGGCAAGCCCUUCAAAGCGAAAUACAAACUCAUCAACCACAUCCGAGUGCACACGGGAGAGAAACCCUUCCCCUGCCCCUUCCCCGGCUGCGGGAAGGUCUUCGCCCGCUCCGAAAACCUCAAGAUCCACAAACGGACUCAUACAGGGGAGAAGCCCUUCAAGUGCGAGUUCGACGGUUGCGAGAGGAAGUUCGCCAACAGCAGCGACCGCAAGAAGCACUCCCACGUCCACACCUCCGACAAGCCCUACUACUGCAAGAUCCGCGGCUGCGACAAGUCCUACACCCACCCCAGCUCCCUGCGGAAGCACAUGAAGAUCCACUGCAAGUCCCCGCCGCCCUCCCCGCCGCUGGGCUCCCAGGGCUACGCGGCGGCCGGCCCCCCCGACGGCCCGCUGCCCCCCGAGGCCGACCUGGCCGCCGAGCCGCCCCGCGGCCGCGCCGCCGCCCUCUCCCCGCCGGUCACCAACCUCAGUGAGUGGUACGUCUGCCAGGCCGGGGGGGCCCCCCCGCCGGCCCCGCACCCCCUCCAGCCGCGACACCUCCCCGGCCUCCGAGGGGGACGAGCCCCACAGGACGUCGAGGGGCAGAACCGCUCCCUAGAGACGUGCCGUGUCGAGCUGUGCCGUGCCGUGCUGAACCGAGCCGAGCCGAGCCGAGCCGAGCCGUGCUGCCGGCGGCCCAGGCCCCGCCGCGCUCGCCCAGGCUGCAGCGGCAGACACCUGGCACGGGGGGCUGGCCUGGAAGUGCCGUCAGGUUUGACUCGCGCUAUUUAUUCCGUGUAUGAAACCCUAUGGUGUUUGUACGGUAACUAAUUUAAUUAAAGGGACUCGG